CCAAUUUUGCAACUGCAAUGCUUCAUAUUGUGCAAAUAAAUACAGUGUAGUUUUACGCUAUUAUCUUGGGAGCUAGUGGUUGUGGACGGAAUGCAGUCCACCCUGGGGCAACGCGCCCCCUUUUCGGGAGGACUAGCAUUAGGUAGCGCAACCCAUAGUCGAAAAUUAAGCACUCCUCUCUGUCGGCGUCAAAGUGUUUGCGUGGAAGCGCAGCUACGACAUUGCGCCGGCGCUAGUGUGGCACCCUGCACCGCCUUUGGGCCAGCAUCGCCGUUGCAGAGGAGGCCGACCCUCCCGACCCAACGGAAACUCGUUGUAACGUCCUCACAAAGCGGCGGCAAGGCGGAGGAUGUAGAGAAGCAGGACUGGAAAUUCGGGCGAAAUGAGGGGCCAAUGUCCUGGCCCUGGAAACUCAUGUGCGCCAUCCUGUACAUGCUGCCGUGGGUGGACGUUACAGAAAAGACCGUUUACUUUGUUGAGCGCUUUCCGGCGUUCGUAUGGACGGAGUACUUCUCGGAGCCCUUUGAGCACUGGUACAACAUCCACGAGUACGCACCGCUCUUUAUCUUCUUCGCGACCUACCUGGGCAUUGUGCGCAACAAGAAGAUUCCACAUGUCGCCCGCUACCACGUGAUGAUGGGUGUGAUGCUGGACAUCGUGGCCAUGAUCCUGAUCGUGACGGAGGAGAACCUGCCCACCGGGGUGCUGUGGACGCCCUGGUCGGACCUCUUUUACGCGCUCAUGUUCUGGUUCGUGUUCCUGCUGGUGGUCUACUGCCUCUUCUUCUGCUUCCUCGGCUGGUACUGCGAGAUCCCGCUCAUCUCGGAGGGCGUCUACCUGCAGAUCGAGCAGGCGGAGCAGCUGGGCGCGUAAAAGAAGCAGCGGGAGCUGGCAGGGGGGGAGCAGGAGGCGGGGCUCAGCUGCGGAAGGGAGAGGGAGGAGCAAGGGGAGAGCAGGAGAAGGGAUAGGGAAGGGAAAAGAGCAGGGUCUGGGUGGGCUCAUUCGGGCGCUUGGGUGAGGUGGUGGGAGGAGGUGUGAUGAGGGGCAACCGGAGGGCCGGCAGCGGCUGCUUGCCGGGAGCAUGCGAGGAGGGCAGCUGCGGAGCAGGAGGAGGAGGAGGAGGAGGUGGCGGGUGCUGCCAGCGGCAGCAAAAAGCAGCAGGAGGAGCGAGGCCAGCGCAGCAGAUCAGAGCUGCAGUGUGGCAAGGAGCACAACAGGUGCACAGGAGGAGGAGGAGGAGGGGGAGGGCGGUUAGCCCCCCGGCACCGGUUUCAUGCGGGGCGGGGCGGGGCUUCAGGCGUUACGCAGCUUUAUGUGCUCCGCUGUUGCGGUGCCGGGUGGUGCGAUGGCGCCUGCUGUCGGUGCUGGCCUGGCUGCGCCGCAGCCCUUGGCACGUGGGCCUCACCGGGGGGGGGCGCCUGGCGGGUGCCUCCAAGCGAUAACGGAGGGGUCCUGCCAGACACCUCUUGUCGCUGCACAAGGGGCGUUUGGUGUGUGCGCGCGUGUGGCCGCCAGCGCUAGUGCUGCUGCUGUGAGGCCGCCUGAUGAGAAGCUUCCCGUACGUCCGGUCCGCACACCUCCCUCGGUUUUUGCUUCUUGAGAUACGUUUCUUGGGCUACGUUGCACAUGAAGCAUAUGGGCUUCAGCGGCGGCGUUUCGCUCGAGUUGGGGUCAUGCGGCGGUGCUGGGGUAGCUGGGGUGGUAGUGGCGCUACAGCGUGGGUAGCGGGCAGUGGGUAGCGGACAGUGGGCGGUUGCUGCGUUGGAGCGGGGUGCAUGGUUGGACCGGGGGGGGGGGGUAGCUUGAAUAAGGCUGCGGCGCACCGCAAGUCGGCAUGCGUUCUCGCCCCCGGAAGGUCUGGGGCGGGGGUUGCAAGGCUUGCACCUUUCGUUGAUAUGAGGGGCGUGAUAUGAGAUGGGCUGGUCCAGGGAUGUGGCCCUCAGCUGUCAUGGUGCUUACCACAGCUUACAAGCAGCAGCUUUCUUGCAUUGAAGGCUAUAUGACUGAUGUGCGGACGAGUGGCUUACCGGUACUUAACUCGUGUCUUGCUUAAUGUGGGAGCUGGGACGUGCCGACACCGGUUGUGGGUUGUCAGCGCAUAUAACACAGGUUCAGGCACGUGCUUCCACUGUUGUUGCUACAAGUCUGUUCAAAGCGAGCGAAGUCAAAUUAUGCCGGACGAUGCAUGUCUCCGACAUUAUAUGCCCCUGACAGCGAUCUCCUGCAAUGCGCUCGACAAUCUUUGCUGCUAAGAUGUCAGUAACCGCCAUCCUC